UGGGACUUCCGGGUUGGGACUUCUGUGGGGGAUGUUGUCAUGGCGACACUUCUGUCAACUGAACCUUGUCAGCCUCGAUUAAGGAGGUAGAGUAGAGUAAAGUAAUCCGAGUCAAUUACUUUUAGUUUUUUCACUUUUUAGUCAUUUUGUCACAAUGGCGGAACAGACCGAAGAUAAAGUAACAAAAAAUGCAACCUACAACAAGACGGUGGAUGAGCGACAUGUGGCAGCUCCUGACAAUGAGAAGAUGAGCAUAGAAGCCCUGAAGCAUGGUCACAGGGGGAUUCUAACAAUGGACCAGGAUAGUAAAAUGGAGGCUGUCACCACAGUUAAAGAAGCUUACAUCCAUCCAAAGGGUCCAGGAGUGAGGCUUCAUGGAAUCAGAAGAGAGCUCUUGGAAAAACACAUUGCUCAGAUGAUGAGUGACAAAAUUCAUGCUGAACAGAAUCCACCGACUCCCAAAACUGAGUUCUGUUCUGUAACCCAGAAGGAUUACUGUGCCGGGGGAUUUGUGCCUGUCAUCCCCAAAACAACACAAGUUCAUGAUUAUCAAACUGACCAGACAGUCACAUUUUGGCAUGAAAACUAUCAGCGAAUACAGGGUGUGACUGCCAUACAGACCCUUAAAGCACCAUUCAGGAGGUCUGCCCGGUUUAGCAAACCACAUAGUGAGCGACUGGAUGAGACCGAGUUUCUACCUGACACCUGAAAAACGUGCAGUCCGCAGAACCCAGCGUCAUUUAAUCAAAGGUUAAAACUGAAGUGGUAAUCUUCCUGUUGUUUUUAGACACAGUGAUACAUGCUCAUUCUCUGUCUUUGUCAAACCAGCAAAUAAAGAAAGCAUUUUACAUAGAAGAAA